AUAUGCAGAUCGUGCCAAGCAAAUCAGAUGCAAUGCUGUCAUUAAUGAGGAUCCCAACAACAAGCUGAUCAGAGAACUUAAAGAUGAAGUGGCUCGUCUGAGAGACCUGUUGUAUUCCCAAGGCCUGGGAGAUAUCAUAGAUACUAAUCCUGUUCCAGGAGGACCCAAAUACAUGUCCGACUUUGAGAACAAUAAUGAUAAUCGUAGAGUGGCAGAUAUGAGUCAACGGAAUGACAAUCUCUCCACAGUGACCAAUGCCUUGGUAGGAAUGAGCCCAUCCUCCUCACUCUCCGCUUUGUCCAGUCGAGCUGCCUCAGUCAAUAGUCUACAUGAACGCAUCAUGUUUGCUCCGGGUAGUGAAGAAGCCAUUGAAAGACUCAAGGAAACGGAGAAGAUAAUUGCGGAGCUGAAUGAAACAUGGGAAGAAAAACUGCGUAGAACAGAAGCAAUUCGUAUGGAGAGAGAAGCUUUGCUGGCAGAAAUGGGAGUAGCUAUGAGAGAAGAUGGUGGUACCUUGGGGGUAUUUUCUCCUAAAAAGACACCACAUCUGGUCAAUCUAAAUGAAGACCCACUGAUGUCUGAGUGCCUUCUCUAUUACAUUAAAGAUGGAAUCACCAGGGUUGGUCGAGAAGAUGGUGAGAGAAGACAGGACAUUGUACUUAGUGGCCACUUCAUCAAAGAAGAGCACUGCAUAUUCCGAAGUGACACUAAAUCUGGCUGUGAAGCUAUUGUGACCCUGGAACCUUGUGAGGGUGCAGAUACUUAUGUCAAUGGAAAGAAAGUAACAGAACCCAGCAUCUUAAGAUCAGGAAAUCGCAUCAUCAUGGGGAAAAGCCAUGUAUUUCGAUUUAACCAUCCAGAGCAGGCACGGCAAGAGAGGGAACGAACGCCUUGUGCAGAAACUCCUGCUGAACCAGUAGAUUGGGCUUUUGCCCAGAGGGAAUUGCUAGAGAAACAAGGCAUUGAUAUGAAGCAGGAAAUGGAACAGAGGCUUCAGGAACUAGAAGAUCAAUACCGAAAGGAAAGAGAAGAGGCUAAUUAUCUUCUGGAACAACAAAGACUUGAUUAUGAGAGUAAAUUAGAGGCUUUACAAAAGCAAAUGGACUCAAGAUACUACACUGAAACUAAUGAGGAAGAGGAGGAGCCUGAGGAUGAAGUUCAGUGGACAGAGCGAGAGUUUGAGUUGGCACUCUGGGCCUUUAGGAAGUGGAAAUGGUAUCAGUUUACAUCUCUUCGAGACCAGCUGUGGGGCAAUGCCAUUUUCUUGAAGGAGGCCAAUGCAAUCAGUGUGGAACUGAAGAAGAAGGUUCAGUUUCAGUUCGUACUCCUUACAGACACCCUAUACUCACCUCUGCCUCCAGACCUGCUCCCUCCAGAUGCUGCCAAAGACCGGGAGAAACGCCCUUUCCCAAGGACCAUUGUGGCAGUAGAGGUGCAGGAUCAGAAAAAUGGAGCAACCCAUUAUUGGACUCUGGAGAAACUCAGGCAGAGGUUGGACUUGAUGCGGGAGAUGUAUGAUCGGGCAGCUGAAGUACCCUCUAGUGUUAUAGAAGACUGUGAUAAUGUGGUGACAGGCGGAGACCCCUUUUAUGAUCGCUUUCCUUGGUUCAGGCUGGUUGGCAGUUCAGAUAUCUCUGGCUGCAACAGCUCUCCUAUUUUCAACACAUGCAUGAGCGAGCGCAUGGCUGAUCUCACCCCCUCCCCCACCUUCUCGAACCCUGACUCCGACAUCACCGAGCCUGCUGACGAGCAGCACGUGGGGAAGGAGGAGGAGGAGGAGGACCUGGAGGAAGACAUCUUUCCGGAGUACCCGCUGUAUGAUGGCCAGGAUCCAUUUUACGACCGCUCCCCCCUGUUCAGUUUAGUAGGAAGAGCAUUUGUGUAUCUCAGCAACUUGCUAUACCCUGUACCUUUGGUCCAUCGUGUUGCCAUUGUCAGCGAAAAGGGGGAAGUUAAAGGAUUCCUGCGGGUAGCAGUUCAGGCCAUUUCAGCUGAUGAAGAAGCACCAGAUUAUGGCUCAGGAGUGCGGCAGUCAGGAACAGCUAAAAUUUCCUUUGAUGAUCAGCACUUUGAGAAGUUCCAGUCUGAAUCCUGUCCUGCAGUGGGAAUGUCUCGCUCUGGAACAUCACAAGAGGAGCUGCGCAUAGUAGAAGGACAGGGACAAAUUACUGAUAUAGGGCCAUCAGCAGACGAAGUCAACAACAACACUUGUGCAGCCACUCCAGAAGAUAUUCUCCUGGAGAGUUCCGAGAAAUCCACAGUUGAUGGAUCUUUUGAGGCAGCUUUGGAGCACUUGAAAUUGGGCAGCAUUUUCACUUUCAGAGUUACUGUUCUACAGGCCUCCAGCAUCUCAGCAGAAUAUGCGGACAUCUUCUGCCAAUUUAAUUUUAUUCACCGCCAUGAUGAAGCCUUCUCUACCGAACCCUUGAAGAACACUGGCCGAGGCCCACCUCUUGGUUUUUAUCAUGUUCAAAAUAUUGCAGUUGAGGUCACUAAAUCGUUUAUUGAAUACAUUAAAAGCCAGCCAAUUGUCUUUGAGGUGUUUGGCCACUAUCAGCAGUAUCCUUUCCCCCCUCUCUGCAAGGAUGUACUCAGCCCCCUAAGACCAUCUCGCCGCCAUUUCCCUCGCGUCAUGCCAUUAUCAAAACCAGUGCCUGCAACAAAAUUGAGUGCCAUGACAAGACCCAGCAUUGGUCCAUGUCAAUGCAAGUAUGAUCUCAUGGUUUUCUUUGAGAUCUGUGAGCUGGAAGCUAAUGGCGACUAUAUCCCAGCUGUUGUGGAUCAUCGUGGAGGAAUGCCUUGCCAUGGGACUUUCCUAUUGCAUCAGGGUAUCCAGAGGAGGAUUACAGUCACCUUGGUGCAUGAGACAGGAAGCCACAUCCGCUGGAAGGAAGUGAGGGAGCUGGUUGUGGGUCGAAUCCGGAACACUCCAGAAGGAGAUGAGUCCCUCAUUGACCCCAAUAUCCUCUCUUUGAACAUCCUCUCUUCAGGAUACAUCCGGCCCUCUCAGGAUGAUCGCAUUUCACUUGGAAAUGACACUAGAUGGAGAACUGCACUCAACCUGCUAUCAUCACCAAAGAUUUUUGUAUGGUCUUUUACUCCAGAGAUGCCAAACUCCCUGCUUCUCGAUCAAUCCGCAAUCUUUUUGGAAGUGGAAGCCUUCGAGCUUCAGAAAGUAACCGUGUGACUGGGGUCUAUGAGCUCAGCCUCUGCCGAGUUGCUGAUGCUGGCAGUCCAGGUAUGCAAAGGAGAAGAAGGCGUGUGCUGGACACCUCUGUAGCCUACGUACGAGGAGAAGAGAAUUUAGCUGGGUGGCGACCCCGUAGUGAUAGUCUCAUCUUGGAUCAUCAGUGGGAACUGGAAAAACUGAGUCUUCUACAAGAAGUUGAGAAAACAAGACAUUAUCUGCUCUUGCGUGAGAAGCUGGAGACAACUCAGCGCUUAGGUCUGGAUUCCUUGUCCUCAAGCUCCAGUGAAGAUUCUGAUUCCCGUAGCACAUCAUAUGUCUCAUCUCCAAUCUCUGCAGAUGGUACCCCAGAAGGGAGGCCUUUACCUCUUGAUAUUCCCAGUGAGAGACAGAAAGAACUUGCAGUCAAGCUAUCUGAAAUGUCAGUGACUCUGCUGAGAGACCCCUCCAUGUCAGGCCUUGGUAGUGCAACUUUGACCCCCUCCUCAACCUGUCCAUCCCUGAUCGAAGGCCAUUAUAGUGCUACAGAAGCCAGAACUCUCCAGCUCUCUUCCAGAGUAGAAAGUCCAGAAAUUGAGCUCACCAUCGAAGGAGAGAAGAAGAAAUCUCCUGUUUGUGGGCCCGAGGAUGAUAAGGAAAUCCAGCGCCUAUUGGUUCCUGAUAUUCAAGAGAUUCGGGUCAGCCCUAUUGUCUCCAGAAAAGGCUACCUACACUUUCUGGAACCCCAUACAAAUGGGUGGGUGAAGCGCUAUGUGGUGGUGAGACGCCCCUAUGUGUACAUCUACAACAACGACAAAGAUUCUGUGGAGAGAGCAGUCCUCAAUCUCUCAUCAGCUCAGGUGGAAUACAGUGAAGACCAGCAGGCAAUGCUAAAAACCCCUAACACUUUUGCAGUGUGCACUGAACAUCGUGGAAUUCUGCUACAAGCAAGCAAUGAUAAGGACAUGCAUGAUUGGCUGUAUGCAUUUAACCCUCUCCUGGCUGGAUCAAUAAGAUCCAAAUUAUCAAGACGAACAACAACCCAGGCAAGAAUUUAACUUAAAAGAGCUGCCCAUCUCAAAUAAUCCAGAAAAGUGAAAUAAUGGGUGCUGUUGGAAGAUCCCCAUCUGAAAAUUGGAAUUUUCCUGUCAUUCAUCUCCUCAGAUGCCUGUGCCACAGAGUGACCCAUCAUGAGUUACAGCUUCAUUGGGCAAAUUCAUUUCCCUUGUGUAAUUUUAAAAGGGUAGUAUUCCCUGGAAUUCUUGCACAUAAGUGAUCUUCCACUCUCCUCUUUAUUGGGUGGCUUAUGACUACUAACAAAGCAAGAGCUUUUUUCUUUCCUUCUGUUUUUUUUAAUUCCUAAAUCAAUUGUUCAAUUUAAAGAGAUAGGAAUUUGCAAGAGUGAAUGUUAAUGCUAUUUAAAGAGAUACAAGUGAUAGAAUUAUGUGCUGCUAAUUCAUUACUUACCGUUGACAUUUUACAAAUUACUUGAUAGAAAAAGACUAGUAUGAGAUUAUAUUUAUAAAGUAUUUAUUUCUAUUUACUUCACUGAAAAUAAUAUGCAUUUUGUUAAUCAUGUGUUUUGGGGUCUUCCCUAACUUAUGCAUGUUCCUGAUGCGGGACUGCAUUUUUGGUAAUGGAAGAGAUACCCAAAGGAGCCAGGGUGAUGAUGCAAAAAGAAUCCAUCUCUGUUUUAUGUGGCUAUCUUUAUUUUCUUUUCAAGCUGCAUUUGUUGUCUGGACAUUCCUUUCCAGUUUGUUUAAUUAACAACAUUCUCCCGCUCCUUACCCACUUCCCUCCACUAAUAAACAGUUUUUGUUUUUUAAAUGCUGUGACUGAAGGCAAAGGAACAGCAACAGAAAAUGGAGGAAGCAGGGUUUCCCCCCCUUUCUGCUGCUUUUUUUCUUGUAGGGUGGCUUACAUUUUUCCAUUGGAUAAAAUGAAGCUGUAAAUGUAUACAAGAGCAUAAGAAGUGACCUGCUGGAUUGGACCACUGGCCAAUCUAGUCCAGCAGCUUGUUCUCACUGUGGCCAACCAACUGCACAAGGAACUCCACUAGUUUCCCAGCAGAUGGCCUUCAGAGGCAGUCACCCUGCUAUAAAGGCUAAUAGCCACCAAUCCCCACUGUUUCUAUGAAUUGGUCCAACCCUUUUUUGAAACCAGUCAACUGGUAGCCAGCACCACAUAUUCCAAGCAGAAUAAUUUGUGAAGGAAAAGUUUAAGCAGGUUCUCCUACCAAGUAUUAUUUUGCUCCCAGAAUAUUACUUUUCAUUAAUUAAAAAAGAGCCCAUGAAGAGAGAAGUAUAGCAAGCGCUGAUCUUGUCUUAAUAAGGAUGAACAGCUGGCACUGAACAUGUGCUGUUCCUAAAAAGAAAACGCUGGUGAGAGAGCUGCUUAAUUCUUCUCCUGUUGCCAAAUAUUAUGCGUGGCAUGGAACAGUUUUUCUCUACCCUACUGCCCUCUCACUGAGUUAGGGCUGUAGUUCUCAGAUUUCCCUGUCAACAUGGUCAAAGUAGCUCUACAUGCGUGGAAGAUACCAGAUGAAAGAAAGCUAACAGGACUGGGAGAAGUUAGAAUGCUUCUCAUUAGUGAUGUCGUAGAUACUAUUUAAUUAUGGUAUAAUAUAGCCAUUUGAAAGAGUAUGGCUGUACUCUUUGAGAAGGAAGGAUGGACAGAAGGCGACAUACGCAGUGCAAACUCAAGAGAUGGUGUCUAGUCUUCCCACAGUAAAGAAAGAACUACUAUGUGUUGGUUGCACUUAAAACUGAUUGUCUGAAAAAGAUAGUUUGUUGUUUUCUUUUCUGAGAAAAGUAGAUUUAGAGAAUUCAGUGGGAAUAUAGCAAAGAUGAAAGGGAUCUUUAUGCAGGAAAGGGUAUGCCUUUCUGUCACUAUAGGAAGUGAAGCUGUUAAAAAUCUCCUUCAAAAUAUACUUGUUAUCUCACUACUUUUUUUCUUUUUCAAGUGUUAGAAUUCCAAGUGGAAUGGACCAAUUGGAAAAUGAAGCUGACCAAAGCAUAGACACUGAAAAAUAAAUCAAUCCCUAGCACUAAAUACUUGAGGAAGAUAUUUUCAUUUUUAUUAAAUUUUUAGAGUAAUCUUAAAAGCAAAAGUGUUUUAUCUCAAGAGUUCUUGUUUUUGGUGAUUUUUUUAAUAAAAUGGGUAUCUAUGUAAGCCAAACUUUGGCAAGCCUCUGAAGAUCCCCAGCCCUUCUAAUGUAUGUUCUUAGGAAUGUGGCAUAUUUCACUAAUAGUGAAUCUUGAUUUGCACAGCAUGGAUACACUUUGGUUUCACUGUCUCCCACUUUUUUGUUGCAUCCAUUGGUCCUCUGUGUGAUGCCCAGAUGAAAGUUUGUUUAAGGAUAUACUGUUUGAAUUUCAUGUGCAUGUGAUGUGAGAUGUGUGAAUAUAAAGGCAAGAAUGUCACAAUCCCUUCGGCAAAGUGUCCCAGAGGUACAAAAAUACAGAUUUCAGCAGGAAUAACUCCAGAAUCCUUUUAUAAUAUUGUAGUCUCUGACUGGAAGAUACUUGCUGGGUUCACACAUUAUCAAGCCAAUUGCUUCUUUUUAGCUUACAUUGUUGUGUGAAUCCAGAAAAUGUGGAUUGUUGAUGUUUUAUGAUUUGGUGUGUUGUAUAAAAUUAGUUAACUGUGAUUUAUUCUGUAAACCAUGACUUAAUGGUGUUUGAACGCAGCCACUAUAUAAUUGUGAGAUUUUCUACAUAUUUUUUUCUGAUUAACUCUCUUAAGAUAGCAUUUCUUUCCUUCAAGAAUCUCCAUUCUUAAACGUCUAUAGGACAGAGCCUAGUAGAUUCAAUCUCUUACUGAUCUGGGGUCAAAAUUGAGCAUCAUGGACCAACUCCAGACAUUGCUGAAUUGUAGCUACCAGCUGCUACCUGAAGCAUAGAUAAUGAUGAAAGAUGUUGGAAGCUGUAGUUCAUCAAAUCUAUGAGUAAUCCAGGUUUCCAUUCUUUUACCUAAUGUAAACACUUGUCUUGCUCUUUUAAGAAUUAUUCUUAGCACUAGUUCUUAAUUCUGAUCAGUCAAACACAAGUUUGGGUGUUUGGGACAACUAUAUGGGCAGAAUGUGUUACCCUAAUUUAAAUGCACAAGAAAGGUAUUUUUACUGCCCAAUCAGUGAGAAGAUUUAAGAGUUUGUCAAGUGACACUUUUAUUUACUUUAAUCUUCAUUAUUUACUCUUUGUGUUUGCAAAAUAGCAAAGAAUUAUAAUCAUGACUUUAAAAACAGCCUUGAUGGGCAAUUUUAUUCAUUUCAGCUUUCCAGCCUGAAGCUGCUUCCAGACAAUGUGUUUACAGUAAAAUUGUGUGUCUUGUUCAUUCACAUUUAAUGAGGAAUUAACACCCAAAAGUCAUCCUCCAGCAACCCUUGUGUUUUUCUAGUGGUGCUCCUGCCUUUUUUUAAACUGAAGAAAAUAACACUUUAGGGAAAGGAAUAAAUAAACAGUAACAUCUAUUUGAAGCUGUGCUGGCUGGGAAAACUAUCUAAAUUAAGACCAUUAGAAAGACUUGUCACCGAGGUAGGAGAUUGACAUUUGGGAAUGCCUUUCAUUUUUGUAUUGCUUGCCAUGAAUUUAUCACUGCAAGGCAAGGCCAAUUUGUCUUUUAUAGUGCAGUUCCUUUUCUCAAAAUGUUUUGCCGUUUAAUCCAUCUUAUUCAUUUAGUUGUUCUUAAAAAAAAAUACCCAAGGCAGAUGCAUGUUUGAUUUAAAACAAUAGUUUCCAGUAUUUUCCUUUACGCAGAUACAUUAUCAGCAGAGGUAGUAUUCAGCUGGCUCAGGCAAACUUGUAGUGGCGCCCCUCCCCCUGGCUAGUGCAUAGGCAGAAUGAACACACGCUCACAAAAUGCACACAGACAGGGCGAACUGAUAGUAAGCUUCUGUGAAACCCACCUCUGAUUACCAGCAACAGUUUUGGGUAGCACCAUAUUAAUCAAGGACUAGCAUUGUAAUGCUUGUGGACACCAGAAGACAUGACCCUUAUAACAUCCAGAACUUAUAUCAUCCAGAACACUUCAAAAUUAAAUGUUUUUCUUUUUAAAAAAAUAACUGAAAUCAUACUAUGAAGUUUGGGGGUAAAUGUGCCAAAAUUUGGUUAACUAAUUAACCUUGUGCUAUUUUUCAUUUUGGUACCCAUGCUAAGUAUUGCCUAACAUUCUCUAAGCUACAGAUAGGAGCCACGUAUCUCUAAAGCAACUCUGCUCUUGGUUAUUCCAUUUGCAACAACUUUUCAAAGGAAGCUGGGAGAUAUUUGUUCCCUCUCAAAAGGAAGUUUUAGUAACAUCUACGACAUAGAAUUUAUCUAUUUAAUUAGACAAUUUUGCAUACUUUGCUAUAUAUUUAAAUAGUUGCAUUACAGCAUUUUUGUAGCAAAUAAUUGAAUUUUAAAAAAAUUAAUCCCAUGCUCUAAUCCUGAGAUGAUGAUGAUUGAUGAUAAAGAUAGAUGAUAGACAGACAGACAAGAUAGAUAUGUAGAUGAUCAAUGAAUCGUACUAUAUAUCAUCCUAAUUCUGGAAGCAUGCUAAAUCUAAACAUUAAAUUAUCUCAUGGAAAUUCAAUUCCAUUUUUCAUUUAAUGGUGAUUCUUGCUUUCUUAUUAAUAUGUGGCCUAUCACCCACCAAACUAAUUAUUUAAUUAGACCAAAUAAAACCUAAUUUGUAAGCAGCAAAUGAGCUCCAUGGAAAUUUAGGUUUCCUAAAAUCUCUAGCUGCUGGAAGCCAACUUGAGGAAAGCAUCUGACCUUGGGCAUACUUUCUCUGAGAAACAACCACACUUCGUACAACCUACAAAUGAUUUCUAGUUAGCAAGUUUCACAAUGUCCAGUGGAGCUUUCUCCUGGGUAAGUGUGCAGAAGACUGCAGGCUUAGUCAUCUUAAAGUAAUGCACUCUUGUUCUUUUUGAAUCUAUACUCUGUAUCAAAACGUCCCUAAAUGUCACCUUCUGUGAAUACUGUAUUGCACUAUAGAGCCGAUAUUAUUCCCACCCAGCACAGUUCAUGAGAUGCAAAAAUCAAAAGGAUCAGAAUGAUGUCCUUAUUAUUGAGAUAAAAUCAGGUAACUGAAAAGUUUAGUUCCUUGUACAAUAAGAAAUUGUCAGAUAUUUCAUUAUAAUAACAAUGAAUGAAGUAGUUAUGUCAGUAUUCUUGCUUGUAUAUAUUUAGCUCUUCAAAUUAAGCAGUCAAUAAAUAUGUACUAUCAAUUGCACUGAAACUGAAAAAGGGAAAAUGCUCGAGUGGACUGUGGAUGGAUUAAUAGUGGACAUGCCUUAGGUCAGCCAACCUGAAGAGCAUGUCCCUCUAUGGUGUGAUAGUUGGGUCAAAGCUUGAUCUCAUGCUUUAUUUCAUGUUUCUUGGGCCAGCAAACCUACAAAGUACAUGAGAGUUUUGAGAUCAAAGGUUUGACCCAAAGCCCUUAGAUCAGCAGAAAUAUUUUGAUCAGAAUGUAAAAAUAGAUAAAAAUGAGUUGGUGAUUUCUGAUCUCAGCAAAUUGACUGUAAUCAAUUAUCAUAUAUCAAGCAAGAUGCAACUUUCUGCUGGAGUUAAUAUCCUCAAACGAUUGUUAUUUAUAAUGGGGUAGUAAAGACCUAAUUACCAGCACAUCAUCUUUCUUGGCUUCUGUGUGACUGAGGGUGCUGCUUCAUUCAUUGCUGAAAAAAAUCAAGCUACUAAGAAAUAGUAUCCAGACUUCAAUUGAAAUAGAUGAAUCUAUGUUGAUUUACUGUAAUCCUUCUGACUUUGUUUGAAUGGAAAUUUUUUAAAUGUUUUUGCAAAGUACUUAGUUCUAGUAACAAAAAUGCCUUUGUUGAAAAGAAAAUUACUAUUUGUUUCCCCCCUACUAUGUUAAUAUUUUGGGAGUCAUCAAUAGGAAACUUCUUAACAUGAAAUGCAAAAGGAUAAAUUUUCAACUCUGCUCUUUCUCAUAGUCCCAUAUCCUGGGUGGCAAUCUCAAGAGGGAAAUUAGUUAUUAUAACAUGAUGUAAUAGAACAACACUAUGGCAUUAUAAUAACUCACACAUUUCCAUAGAAUAUACACUUUAGAGGUUGAUUUUUAUUUACUGGGUGGCACAGUUUUCUGUUUCUUCACCUGCACACACUAAAUGAAGGGAGACAUUUAUUCCAUAGAGAAGUUCUUUCUAUCACCUUCCAGUAGAUUAAUCCAGCAUGUUAGAUUUGAAUAUUAUCAUAAAGCAACAGAAAUGAAAGGAACAUAAUUAGCCAAUAACAACAAAUACCAUAAGGAAAUUGCAUACCUCUGGUAACUUGCGGCUAUAACACAAGACAUUUAACUGUUUAAUAUACUAUUACUGUCUCUUUUUUUGUCGUGUAUUCAAUUGCAUAUACAGUACAGAGGGUUUCUAACAUUCAUAAGCUGAGAUUCAGUAUCAAGAUAUUUCUGUAUAAUAACAGAGGUUAUAGUUAUUUUAAUUUUUCUUAUUUUGCCUGUGCUUCCAUUAUCCAGUUUGUCUACAUGAGUUCUUCCUGUGAUGCCAUCUCCAAAUGCUGGGAGACUAUUUCUCUUGCUUUGUACAGUAUAUAUGUGAUUGCUGUGGGAACACUCUUUACCACUGUAUAAAUAACAAUACUGAAGUAAUGAGUCUAGUUUUCUUGAUGUCUUAAAUUAUGAGUGUUGGAAAUUAGGGUCUUAAACUGUUUGUGUACACUUCAGGCACUGUUCAGAUAAAGAAAUAAAUGUGGCAUUUAUGCAAAGGC